AUGGAGACCAAGGAAGGAGAGAGGAUAAUAUACAAAGUGGCAAAGCAAAGAGCACAAAGUAGACAGGACGUGGGAGAGGUAUCUGUGAUAAAGGACAAAGAUGGAGUCUUACUGACAGAUAAGGAUAAGGUCAAGGAAAGAUGGAGGGAGUACUUUAGCAACCUGCUGAAUGUGGACAAUGAGUGGGACCCACUCCAGGAUUGCCCACCGGUUGAGGGCCCCUUGCCUGAUAUAAACGAGAAGGAAGUAGAAGAAGCAAUGAAGAGCGGGAGGGCAACAGGGUGCUCUGGACUACCAGUGGACCUGCUAAAUCCCCUAGGCAAGGAGGGAAUUCAGAUGGUCACGUCACUCCUUCAGAAAGUAUGGGAUGAAGAGAAGAUGCCAACAGAAUGGGAACUAAGUGAACUAGUCACCAUUUACAAGAGGAAAGGGGAUCCACUGGACUGCGGGAACUUCAGGGGCAUCAAGCUCCUAGAACAUGUUAUGAAGAUUCUGGAGAAAGUAAUAGAGGGAAGGUUACGUGGACUGGUAUCGGUAAGUGAUAUGCAGUUUGGCUUUAACCCAGGUAGGGGAAUGAUGGACGCUGCCUUUAAUAUAAAGCAACAGCAGGAAAAGCAUCUCGAAGUGAACAGGGACUUAUAUUACACUUUCGUGGACCUGGAGAAGGCGUAG